AUGGCGGACACAUCUUCAAGUAUCUGCUCCGGCGUGACAAGCAUGCUUGACCCGAGUUUGGCAACGUCGGCACUCGCAACCCGGCUGCCUCGAGACCGGCUUCGGGGAUUGCACCCAUCAGAUACUCGCAGGCGCCGUCCUUCAGCACCGAAACCUGCCGAGGCACUGACGUCCACGACGAACCUGAAUGGCCCUCUGCAGGGAUCCAGUGUUGGUCCUGCUGCUGCACCUCAUUUGGUCUUUAAUGAGUUGUUCGCUGGAGAAAUUGGCAAUUCAAGGGACUUUGAUGGCUUUCAUCCCGAGAGUCUGUCGACCCCCCUGAACGAUCUCACUGUUCCCGGAUCCCUGGUUCCCGCCACUGGUACCUCGAUAGACGACCACGACCACCUUGAACUCGACACAUCCGCUCUCGGUCAGAUGCUGUCGGAUGGAUCACUGGAUAGCCUGAACCCCCGACCAAUCAACCUCAAGGCCUACGAGGUCAUCGCCGGUCACUUCAAGGAACUGAGGCGGAAAAAUGACAGUGCCUCCCCGUCGUUCGAUAUAUCUGAAAAUCAAAGAACUAUCCAACACGACCUUUUGAUGCAACUUUACUUCGAACACUCCAGGAAGCAACUGCCAGGCCCUCCUCAUAAGGAGCCGGCGUGUUUUCGUGGAAACUGA